UCGAAAAAAGAGAAAAGCAAAAGCCAUAAAUAAAAUCACAAUAGAUCUUCCAACUCUACCCCACCCAAGAGGAUCUACUAGUGUUUUCCUUGGUCAUCAACUUCAGAUUCUCCUUGCAAAACCAACUCCAAGGUCUCCCUCUCUUUCCAUAAUUUUUAGUUACUUUUUUGUUCUUGCAUAUAUUUUGUGUAAUUCAUAGUGAAUCCACACAUAUUAUAAGGCGCUACAGGAAAGCUUCCACACUUCUUCUGUGGUUAGAAGAUACUUUGCUCUCUCUGUUUUCUAAAAGAAUGGACCAACAAGAGCAUGGACAAUCCAGAGCCAUGAACUACGGCACUAACCCAUACCAAACCGGGACUGUGGGCCCCACAGCACCAUCAGGCCAGAUGGCGUUUCACCAGCAGCAACAGCUAACUCAACAGCUUCAAGUCUUUUGGCAGAACCAAUUCAAAGAGAUUGAGAAAACAACUGAUUUCAAGAACCACAGCCUUCCACUUGCAAGAAUCAAGAAAAUCAUGAAAGCUGACGAGGAUGUACGUAUGAUCUCAGCCGAGGCUCCUGUUGUGUUUGCAAGGGCCUGCGAGAUGUUCAUAUUGGAGCUGACACUCAGGUCCUGGAACCACACGGAGGAGAACAAGAGAAGGACGCUGCAGAAGAACGAUAUAGCAGCUGCUGUGACCAGAACUGACAUAUUUGAUUUCCUUGUGGACAUCGUUCCUAGGGAGGAUCUCAGGGAUGAAGUCUUGGGAAGUAUUCCGAGAGGGACUGUCCCUGAGGCUUCUGCUGCUGGUUACCCGUAUGGAUACUUGCCUUCAGGAACUGCUCCAGUAGGGAACUCGGGUAUGGUUAUGGGUAACCCGGGUAGUGCUUACCCACCUAACCCGUAUAUGGGUCAACCCAUUUGGCAACAUCAGGGACCUGGCCAACCUGACCAGUAAAACUAGCGUAGGUAAAGAAACUAGUUCUAGUCUUGUCCAAGUGGAAUUAAGAAAGGAGGAGACUUCAAAGAAAACUAAAAGAUCAUAUCAGUUUUUGAAAUCAGUGUUGUAGAAGAAUCUAAGUGUUUGUGUAUUCAAUCCUUUCUUUAAGGAAAAUUUUAGGGAUGAAACAGAAGAAUGUAUAAACUGUAAGGAAGAAGUGUGGUUGACAUGGUUUUUUUAUUUAAAUGUUAUUGUCUAUCUUUAUUGUC